AUGCACUAUAACGCACAGGGAAAAAGCCAGUUUCCAAAACGUCUCCAACGUGAUCUCGCUCCAGAGAUUUUUUUUCCUAAAGUUUUAGGGCUGCGCGGAAGGGAACAAGGGGUUCACCUCAGGAAAUUUCAGACGCCACCCCCCUCGGAGGAAGGUAGUCGCGUCCGGUUCCUCCCCGGGUGUCAGUUAAGCAGGCUCGGCUGUGAGCGAAGGUUCUGGGCGGGGCUGGACUGUUCUAAGUGAGUUCGGGUGGGGGAGCUUCACGAGGGGAGGCUGCCCUGUGAAGGAACCACCUUUCUCUCCGCGUGUCUCACCCUUUUCUCCCCGUAUCUGUUUGGACAUGAGUUGAGCGCACGGUCGCGGGCGGUCAGCCCUGUUCGCAGCUACGGCGAGGAGGGGCGGGAUUGCUCCUUGUUGCCGCUCCGCUUAGUGGCCGCGUCCAUUCCGCGCGGUGUCCCGAUUUUAGGGGUAGGGAGAAGUGUCAGCUUCAGGCAUCGCGAGGCGUGGCGGCCCCAUGGCCCCGCUGGGAGGCGCCCCGCGGCUGGUGCUGCUGUUCAGCGGCAAGAGGAAAUCCGGGAAGGACUUCGUGACCGAGGCGCUGCAGAGCAGGUGUCCGUGAGGCGGGAAAGGUGGAAGGGGGAGCUCUCCACAUCACGUGACACGAGGAGUGCUUUUGGGUGUCACGGAGUGAGCUUUGGAGUAGGGGUCGUCCGUUUGCAAGGCAGGAGGAGCACUGGGCUGGGGAAGGUGGAAUGCCACCAUUACAUAAAACAGCAAUCUACACAGGCGAGCCUCAAAGAACCAGAUGACCACCUCUCCAAAGACCUUCAGCUGCAGACUCGGAGCUGAUGUCUGUGCUGUCCUCCGGCUCUCUGGUCCACUCAAGGAGCAGUAUGCUCAGGAGCAUGGCUUGAACUUCCAGAGACUCCUGGACACCAGCACCUACAAGGAGGCCUUUCGGAAGGACAUGAUCCGCUGGGGAGAGGAGAAACGCCAGGCUGACCCAGGCUUCUUUUGCAGGAAGAUUGUGGAGGGCAUCUCCCAGCCCAUCUGGCUGGUGAGUGACACACGGAGAGUGUCUGACAUCCAGUGGUUUCGGGAGGCCUAUGGGGCCGUGACGCAGACGGUCCGCGUUAUAGCGUUGGAGCAGAGCCGACAGCAGCGGGGCUGGGUGUUCACGCCAGGGGUGGAUGAUGCUGAGUCAGAAUGUGGCCUGGACAACUUCAGGGACUUUGACUGGGUCAUCGAGAACCAUGGAGUUGAACAGCGCCUGGAGGAGCAGUUGGAGAACCUGAUAGAAUUUAUCCGCUCCAGACUUUAGUCACUAGGUUCUAGGAGUGAGCUGGGGCCUGCUGAGGUGGGGGUGGGGCUGACUCUGCAAGAUGGGGGGGUCCCCUGAUCCUGGCCGAGGUGAGGAACAGACAGAGGGGGGUCUAGAUUCUGAGGGGGUUGGUGGAUAUUGGGCAAGGCAGGAAACCUCUGGAGACCUCAUUUUCUCCAUGGGGAAGACAGCCGUGCUCUUCAGGAGGAGACUCCAAGGGCAAAGGAGGGUGUCUUGGCUGUGCUUGAAGGAGAAACCCUGCCAUAUCCCCAGUGCCAGUCCCCUCAGCCUGUGGCGGCCUUGCAUCCUGACUGGAUAUUCUCAGCCCCUUGUUCUGGGCAAGAACCCAGGGCUCCCCAGUGUGGAUACUAAUAAACCUCUUUGGAGCACA